AUGACUCUUGAAGAUUUCUUUGCCGCAACUGAGAUGAAGGAUGGGCUUACAACACUUACCAGAGUCGAAGAGCUACUUUCUGUGAUGAAAGCUACUGUAGAUUCUGAAGUAGUUGGUUCAAGCGAGGCAACGAGACAGUGGGCAGCUGUUGGAAGCGUCUUAUCGGCCACAGAGAAGAGCGAGUGUCUCAAUCAUUUCGUACAGCUGAAUGGACUCUCAUUUCUAAACCAGUGGCUUCAGCAGAGUCAUAAAUGGUCCAACGAUGGUAGUGACGACUCUGUUGAGAACUUGGUCAAUGUGUUACUCGGAGUACUGGAUAGGCUUCCUGUAGACAAGGAAAAGUCAGCUGCUUCGGGUAUUGGGUCAGCUGUCACUCAACUGUAUGGUCACAGGAGCCAUGAUAUCCGGGAAAGGGCGAGAACUUUGUUUAAUAAGUGGAAUCAUGAGGAGGGUACGGAUUCAAAGUCCCAGAGUGGACUAGAAAAUGGAGCAUCAUGUGAUAAUGGGCCAGUCAACCCUGGGUUUGAGGAUUCUCCCACCGACAAAGAGCCUGGUGAGAAUGGUGAUAGUUGCUCAGAGGGUUCCUCUGGAGAUCGUAUUCAAGAUGUGAGACCUCCAUCUGAUCAGAAUUCUCCAUUGGUUUCUUCCCCUGCUGUUCAUCACGAAAGCAGCAUAGAGCCUGUCGCCGGCUUUUCUCCUGGUGGAGGAGAACCUGACAGCAGGGUAGAUGAUUCGAGUGGUAAAGAUUCAUCAGAUGGCUCAAAAGACGUCGAGAUUGGGGUGAAUACGGAAGAAAUCGACACCUUCAGAGACAAUGUGGGCGAUGAAGGAACCACCGGUGAUCUUAAAGAGGUAGAAGAAAGUGGCAGAUUGAAUGAUGAACUUGACUCCAUGGUGUCGUCUGCCUCCUUGAAACCGACAGGUGAUGCAGAUAUAAAUGAAGUAGAGAGAAGAUCAGAAGCCGGACUGGGAGUGAGUGAGGGAGACGGUGCUUCAGAAGAGGAGGAUGAUCUGCCAGUCUCCAAGGACCCACUCUGUAGUUCUUCUCCUGAGAGAUCUUGGGGUCCUAAUCUGGGAGAAGAAGCUGAGGAAGCUGGCACUGGGCCAUCGAAGGGGAACGAUCCUCCUUGUGGGAACAGCUCGAGAACCUCUGAUUAUGCUGAUCGUACUGAUGCGGGUGAACCGGAAGCCCCAAGUUCUUUCAGGGUUCAACAAUCAUAUGGCGAUGCCAGCAAGGGCAACUGUGGGUUUGACCUGAAUGAGGACAUCUCCCUUGAAGAAGAUGCUGAGGGUUCUUCUCCUUCGUCCCCACAGAGAGUGGCAGCAGAUGGUGGAGAGGCCGUGCCUGGUUCGGCAUUGAAGCCCAAUUUUAUGGACAUCGAUUUGAAUGUAGUCGACGAUGAUGACGGUGUUGCAGCAGGGAAGCUGUCGGGCAGAGGAGACUCCUCCAUGGAAGUUAGCUCUGGAAGAGCAGAAAGAUUCAGUGUCGACCUCAACUGCAUUGGCAAUGAAGAUGCUUCACCUCAUCAGUCGCCCUUCAGGAGCCCUAAUCGCCACGAAUCAAGCCUUAGACUCUUUCCCGCCUCCUCCUUCUCUUCGAGGCUGCCCUCACCGAGGGAUUUUGACCUCAAUGAUGACCCAUCUGCGCUCAGUGCCUGCGGUUCAAGCGGUCUCGGCAUAGCUCCAAGAGGAACAAGCUCACUUCGAAACUACCCAGAUGGAUAUUCCGACUUUCUGAUUAUGGGUUCAAGAGCUCAGGAUGAAAGAAGGGAGCUUUUUACUGAAAAUUCACAGGCUUUCCUCGGGAGCAUUCUGUGUGUGGAUCUGGCGGCCGGCUCCAGGCGGCCACCGCCUUAUCCUCCUAUCUCUCCCCCGCCGCCGCCACCUGGGUACAGUGGACUUUCCAUUGGACCCGGGUCCUUCCAAUACAUGGUAGAUCCAAGAGGAGCUGCAGUGGUGCCACAGAGUGCAGCUGACACCUCGAGCAGGGCAGCUGCGCCAUCAACGUUGACUUCUGUUGGGCCCCCGACACUCAACUUGGAGCUGGAUUGCACCGCCGCAUUGACCGGAGGUAGGUCCCUGAGGCAGCUGUUCAUGCCAGGGAGCAGCGGUUUGGCGGAGGAGCCCCCGAGGCCCAGCUCCCAUCCAGCGGCUGGCACAGGAAUGGUGCUGAAGCGCAAGGAGCCAGAUUGCGGGUGGGAGCCCUGUAAAUUGUCCACAAACAGGUAA